ACUUUCUCUCACAUUAAUCCUUGGGGUCUGUGAUCUCAAAUUCCACCGUUCCAUUGGAGAAGACUUUGUAUUUCCUUCUUUGAGGCUGGAAUGUCCAUCUAACACAAAGUUUCUGGGACUGGAAAUUUCCAGUACUUCAAACAGACCAAUGUUAUUUACAGCAAGGCAUUUUUUUCCCCUCUAUUCUGAAGAGAAUGGAAGGAUUCCAGAAGGGCAAAUAUGGGGCUAUGGCUGAAGGUAGAUUAGAAGAUAACUGGUUUACAACAUCACCCUCGUUGAGGAUUAUCCUGGUGGGCAAAACAGGCUGCGGAAAAAGUGCCACAGGGAACAGCAUCCUCUGCCAGCCAGUGUUUGAGUCCAAGCUGGAGGCCCAGUCAGUGACCAGGGCAUGCCAGGGAGAGACAGGCACAUGGAACGGGAGGAACGUCCUGGUGGUCGAUACACCCUCCAUCUUUGAGCCAAAGGCCCAGACCCAAGAGAUGUACAGGGACAUCGGGGACUGCUACCUGCUCUCUGCCCCAGGGCCCCACGUGCUGCUCCUGGUGACCCAGCUGGGGCGUUUCACAGCCCAGGACACAGAGGCCAUCAGGAGGGUGAAGGAGGUCUUUGGGUCAGGGGCCAUGAGACAUGUGAUCAUCCUCUUCACCCACAAGGAAGACUUAGGGGGUGAGACCUUGGAUGACUACGUAGCAAACACGGACAACCUCAGGCUGAAGAGCCUGGUGCAGGAGUGCGGGAGGAGGUAUUGCGCCUUCAACAACAGGGCCACCAGGGAGGAGCAGAGGCAGCAGUUGGGGGAGCUCAUGGCUGUGGUGGAGCGGCUGGAGAGGGAGUGCGAGGGCUCCUUCUAUAGCAACGACCUCUUCCUUGAUGCCCAGAUGCUCCAGCGAGGCAGGGAUGGUGCCUGCCCAGAAGACUGCAGGCAGUACCUGGCCAAGGUGCAGCAGCAGGUGAAAAAGCAGAAGCAAAAGCUGAGGGAGGAGGAGAGUAACUGGGCACUCAAAGCACUCCUCAAACUCACACGCUGAAUGAGUUCUCAUGCCUUAAUAUCUGCCUUCCUUUUUCUAUGUGGUUUGAUUUUUCUUGCCAUUUUAAUUUGCGUAUUACUCCUAGUCACGAAGUUUUAGGUGAUUUCUACAAUCUGUCUUUUUUUUUUUCUUUUGUAGUCACCAUCUUUAUCUGUGUGUGCACAGCACUCUACAUGGAUUUUACAUAUUUUCACUCUCAGUUUCUCUUCCUUGCAUUAGACAUGUCAUCCAUU